AUGAUAAUGAACAACCAAACUGUCAUCUCUCAGUUCCUCCUCCUGGGCCUGCCCAUCCCCCCAGAGCACCAGCACCUGUUCUAUGCCCUGUUCCUGGCCAUGUACCUCACCACUGUCCUGGGGAACCUCAUCAUCAUCAUUCUCAUUUUACUGGACUCCCAUCUCCACACACCCAUGUACUUCUUUCUUGGCAACUUGUCCUUCUCUGACCUCUGCUUCUCCUCUGUCACAAUGCCCAAGUUGCUACAGAGCAUGCAGCACCAAGAUUCAUCCAUCCCCUAUGCAGGUUGUCUGACACAAAUGUACUUUUUAAUAGUUUUUGCAGCUAUGGAGAGUUUCCUUCUUGUAGUCAUGGCCUAUGACCGCUAUGUGGCCAUCUGUUUCCCCCUGCAUUACACCACCAUCAUGAGCCCCAAACUCUGUAUGUGUCUGAUGGGGCUAUGCUGGGUACUGACCAUGCUGUAUUCCAUGUUGCACACUCUACUCUUGGCUAGAUUGUCAUUCUGUGAGAACAGUGUGAUCCCCCAGUUUUUCUGUGACAUAUCUGCCCUGCUCAAGUUGGCAUGUUCUGACAUUCAUAUUAAUGAACUGAUGAUAUUUAUCAUUGGAGGGCUUGUUACUGUUCUCCCAUUCUUACUCAUCGUUGUGUCCUAUGUACAAAUUGUCUGCUCCAUACUAAAUGUUUCAUCCACUCGGGUUCUCCACAAGGUCUUCUCUACAUGUGGCUCCCACCUGUCUGUGGUCUCACUGUUCUAUGGAACAAUUAUUGGUCUCUACAUAUUUCCUUCAGCUAAUAAUUCAACUGUGAAGGAGACUGCCAUGGCUAAGAUGUACACAGUGGUGACUCCCAUGCUGAAUCCCUUCAUUUACAGCCUGAGGAACAGAGAUAUAAAAGAGGCCCUGAUAAGAGUCUUUUGCAAGAAGAAAAUCUCUUUAUAA